UUUUUAGUUUGAUGCAGUUCAUGAUGAAACAUUCGAUCUUAGCACAAAUCCCGAACAACAACAUCAGUUUGGUAAAGUUGGCUACAUUUAGCCCUUAACAUGGAGACUCGCUUCACCAGAGGGAAGUCGGCUAUUUUGGAGCGAUCACUCACGCGUCCUAAAACGGAGGUCAGCGUGAGUGCAUUUGCUUUGCUCUUCUCCGAGAUGGUACAGUACUGUCAGAGUCGAGUGUACUCCGUGUCCGAGCUUCAGGCUCGCCUGGCGGACAUGGGUCAGGGCGUCGGUGCCAGCCUUCUGGAUGUGCUUGUGCUGAGAGAGAAGAAUGGUAAAAGAGAGACAAAAGUACUGAACAUCCUGCUUUUCAUUAAGGUGUCUGUGUGGAGGUCCCUGUUCGGGAAGGAGGCAGACAAGCUGGAGCAGGCCAACGAUGAUGACAAGACCUACUACAUCAUUGAGAAAGAGCCCCUCAUCAAUGCCUUCAUCUCGGUACCCAAGGAGAACAGCACCCUCAACUGUGCAGCCUUCACUGGGGGCAUCGUGGAAGCCAUCCUCACCCACAGUGGCUUCCCUGCCAAGGUGACCGUACACUGGCACAAGGGCACCACUCUCAUGAUCAAGUUUGACGAGGCUGUCAUCGCCAGAGACAAAGCUCUGGAGGGCAGAUAAAGGGAGGGUGGGUGAGGAGGAACAGAGGAGGAACAGAGGAGGAACAGAGGAGGAACAGAGGAGGAACAGAGGAUGGUGUGAAUUGACUCGUACUAGGUCUGUGUUUGUUGGCCGUUUUCAUUUCCUUUUUUGUAGAGGGUCACGGAUUGUGACGAGUCGUGAAGGGUGUUUGAUUAUUGUACAGUUCAAGCUGACUAUCUGUCUUGUUGAAAUAAAAAUGAGUUCCAUUUUCAUUUCAGUAACCAGUAUUUAGUCUGCUUUGAUGAACGACAACAACAUGGGGACACAGAAAGGAACCAUCUGUGUGUUAUGAUCAGUUAAGAUAUGUACAGUAGAAGAAGACUACUCAUUCAAAAGAAAGUAGAAUAGAUACUGUAAUGGCAGUUUGGGUGAGGUUGGGUAAAGCAAAUGACGUUUGUUUAAUCUGAUGAAUGUUUAGCAACAUACAUAAAAGUAUGUUUUAGUCUAUUUGGAAUCAUCUGGUUAACUGGCAGCCCUUUAAACCAAGUAUAAUGCAUUUGCAUUGAAAUCUUGUGGGUGUACCAUGUCAGUGUCAGUUCAAACCUGUAAGCGUUGUUGAAAAAUGUAAAUACAAUAAGAUAUACAGCCAUCUGUUAUUGUUUUUUGACUUGCAUGUUUGGUGUAUAGUUUAUAGCUUGUAUAUUGCUUGUCGAGCUGAAAAUAAAAUGCUCAAACGAA